AUGGAGAGCGCUAAGCAGGCCAUCAACUACGUCUCUGAGACCAUCCAGGGCGCCGCCUCUGGUGCCAGCAAGGAGACCAACAAGGAGAUUGCCAAGGACAACAACGUCAACGUCGGCACCCGUCUGUCCGCUGCCAAGGACGCCGUUGGCGACAAGGUCGACCAGACCACCCACGAGAACAAGGCCGAGGCCCACAAGCAGUACGCCAAGGCCUAA